AUGAAAGACAGAAUCAUGAAACAGAGAAAGAGAAGAGAAGAAGAGUUUAAUGAGAGCAAAGAGCGAUAUAAAAGAGAAAUAAAAGAGAAAGAAGAGAGUGAGGAAAAGAUGUGUGAGGAGAUGAAGAGAGAACGAGAGGAAUGGGAGAAACAGAAACUGGAGGAAAAGACAAGAAGAGAAGAACAGAAGAAAAGGACAGAGAAAGAAAAACAGAUUAGUGAUGAACAGAUUCAGAGACUGAAGAGUGAAAUGGAGGGAAUAAUCAGAGAGAAAGAGAGAAUAGAAAGACAGAGACAAGAGGAACUAGAGGAUUUAGAGAAGAGACUGACAGAAGAAAGAAACACGAGAGAAGAUCAACAUAAGACUUCUGAAGAAACACUGAAACUCCUUGAAGAACAGCAUGAAGAAGAACUGAAGAGAAGACGAGUGGAGUGGAGAGAGGAAUAUGAACGAGAGAAAGAGGAGAUGAAGAAGAAGAUCUGCUCUGAAACUGAUCAGGGAGAAAACAAAGACAUCAUCACUGCAGAAGUCAGAGCAGAAAGAAUACAGCAUCUAUUACACAAACUUCAUCUUGAAGACAGGUACCUCAACAAACUGAGAGCUGCAGAUGUUCUUCAGAUAACUGAACAUUCAUUACAGUCUCAUGAGUCUUGUGCUGAAGAAGAGCUGAUUCACACUUUCAUACAAAAACUACUGAUGAUGGACUACAGAGCAAGAUGCAUUAAAACGAAAGAGAAGAAUGAACAUGAUCACACACAACAAAGAGAGAAAGACUCAUCUGAAGAUGAGUUUGAUAUUUUUGAUGAAAUCUCCUUCUCUAAUAAAGGAAUGAAUCAGUCUGAGAGAAUUCACCCGAUGGAUGUUCAGAUGGCCGUGUUUCAUUGUGCUGAUGGUUUCCUGAAGCAGCUGAUGGUCACUAAACUGUCCCAGUGUCAGUACGCUCUGCCUCUGCUUGUUCCUCAUCCAUUCACACAACAGAUUGAGUUUCCUCUCUGGACAUUCAGACAAAUCAACAAGAGCUGGAAGAUCAGAAACACCAACAAUGAAACCAUCAGUCAAAUCCAGCCGAUCUACAAGGCAGAAACUCCAAUGGUGUUUUUCUUCAGGUUUGGCUCUGUGUCUUCAUCCAAGUCUCAGCUGAUGAACAGUCUGAUCAAUGAGAAACACAACACGUUCUUCCACAGGAACUGCCCAGGCAGCAGCAGAACCAGAGUCCUGAUGGAUGGAGUGGUGGAGAUCGCCUGGUUCUGCCCCUCUGGAACGAACAUGGAUAAAUUCAGUGACUGUGUUUCGUUCUGUAAUCUACACGGUGAUGCAGGAGACCAUGAGAAACAGCUGCAGAUCCUCACUGAAAUGAGCUCAGUCAAUGUUGUUCUUCUGCCACGACUGGACAGGAAUGACAGAGACAUGAUAAAAGUUCAAGAACUCUUCAAGUACUCAAAGCCACUCAUUUGUGUUUUUACUGAGGAUGAAUCUACUGUCAUUGAGAUGAAGAAAGGGAAAUACAAGGUCGGUUUGAAAGACAGAAAUCAGUCAGAUGUAUCUGAAGAACUCAGAAGAGCGAUAAAUGACUGUCUCUCAGAAUCAUCUUCCACUUUCAGACUUGAAGAUGUGUCCAAACACUCAGACAUCAGAGUAGAUGAGGAAGAUGAUGAAGACUGCAGGAGAGGAAGAGAAGCAGCACAGCAGAUGAUGAGUUUACUGGAGAAGAAAGAUCUGACAGAAAUCAAGGAAUCAUUUCUGCCUCAUCAGGGGAAACUGUGGCAUCAGUGGAGUCAGAAGAACAAAGAACUACAUCGACCUCGAGCAGAUGAAAUAGAAAUGGACAUCAGUAGAAAACAAACAGAGAUGACGAAAAUCCGUGAACAGCAGCAUAAAUCUGACAUCCGUGAGUUUAUGAAGGUCUUUAUUAGAAAAAUUAACUUAGAUGAACAUGAGAACAUGUUUUUUCUUAAAUGGUUUAAAAUCCUCCUGGAUGAAUAUACAUUAGCUGAUCUCACUGCUCUACAUCACAAGUAUAAUGAAAAGUGGUCGAGAGUGUUAAAACUGAUAGACAGUCAUGAUAAAUCAGAGCAUCUUAAAGUUGAACAAACUGAACUUGAGAGAAUAUCUGAGGAUAUUGAAGCAGCAUCCUUUGGUCUGGAGCACAUCAUGAGGGAGAUCGGUCAGAUCUAUGAAUCAUGUUCGUCUGUGAAGAAGAACAAGAAAGACCUGCAGGUUCACUUCUCUUCUCUCCCGAGUCUUGCAGCAGAGAUGAUGAUCUCUGGAUUUCCACUGGAGCUGAUGGAUGGAGAUGCUGCUCAUGUUCCUGUGAUCUGGAUCUCUGCUGUUCUAGAUCGACUCAUCCAGAAACUGGGAGACCAGAGAGUCUUUGUGCUGUCAGUUUUAGGGAUUCAGAGCUCUGGGAAAUCCACCAUGCUGAAUGCCAUGUUUGGACUCCAGUUUGCCAUCAGUGCUGGCAGGUGCACCAGAGGAGCUUUCAUGCAGCUGGUCAGAGUGUCAGAUGAGAUGAAAACACAGAUGAACUUUGACUAUAUUCUGGUUGUUGAUACUGAGGGUCUCCGUGCUCCAGAACUGGCUGGAAGAUCAACGAGACAUCAUGACAAUGACUUGGCCAGAUUUGUUUUCGUUCUUGGAAAUCUGACCUUGAUCAACAUCUUUGGAGAAAACCCAUCUGAGAUGCAGGACGUUCUUCAGAUUGUUGUUCAGGCCUUCAUGAGGAUGAGGAGGGUCAGACUGAAUCCCAGCUGUGUGUUUGUGCAUCAGAACGUUUCAGACGUCACAGCUAUAGAGAAAAACAUGGAGGGAAGGAGACGACUGCAGGAGACACUGGAUCAGAUGACAAAACUCGCUGCUGAAGAGGAAGAGUGUGAUGCUGAAUGUUUCAGUGAUGUCAUUAGAUUUGAUGUUUAUAAUGAUGUGAAGUAUUUUCCUCAGCUGUGGGAGGGAAACCCACCCAUGGCACCACCAAACCCAAACUACUGUGAGAAUAUUCAAGAACUGAAGGAAACUAUUAUGUCUCAUGCAGCAAAAUCACAUGGAAUGAUGCUGAUAGACUUAAAAUAUCGUAUUAAAGAUCUCUGGGAGGCUUUACUGAAUGAAGGAUUCGUCUUCAGCUUCAGAAGUUCAGCUUACAGGAAACUGGAGACCAAAUACAGCAGGUGGUCCUGGAGUCUUCGCGGUGCCAUGAUGGAAACUGAGAACAAACUACACAACAAAAUAGAAAAUGAGGCAAUUCACAAGGUUGAGGAAACUGAUCUUCAAAGAGAACUGAAGAAGACAAGUGAAGAAGUGAAAAAAUCAAUGUCAGAAUUCUUUGAGAAAGACAGAGAUAAAGAUAUACUGAUUCAGUGGAAAACAUCAUUUGAAAUCAAAAUCAAAAAGCUUCAGGAGAACAUUGUGAGAGAAACAAAGAGGAAAUUAAAUGAGGUUCUUCAGCAGCGAGACCUGAAGAAAAAGAUUGAUGAUCAGAGGAAACAUCAUGAAAACACUCUCUAUGAAAAGAGCAGAGAACUCGCCUUAAAACUCAAAGACAAAAGAAAUGAUGAAGAAACACUGAAGAAAGAGUUUGAUUUGUUCUGGGAAUGGAGUGUGAAGAAGAUCAUCAGAGGCACUCCUCUAAUCAGAGACAUUGAUGUAAUGAGAGAUGUGAGAGAAAUCCUCAGUGACAUCUAUGAAAAUGUUCCUGUAGGUCACUGGAGGGAGAAGAGUGAGUACAACAAUAUUUUCACUGUGUCAAGUUAUUCUGAAUAUGUUAUUUUAAAAAGGUUCACAAAAAUAGCUUUUAGAGAGGCUAUAAAGGAGUCAUUUGGAUUUGGUCGAACUCUUUGUCCAGCAGAUGAAGCCCAAAUCAGAUCAUUAGUCACAGAUGUUUCUCAGCAGACAGACAGAAUGAUUAAGUUAUUUAACAUUUCAAAGAUUGGCUACAACAUCAGCUACAUUCAACAACUGAUAGAUUACAUCAAGACAAGAGUAACAGAACAUCAGGAAGGAGUGAAAUAUGUGUUCAAGAAUGAAUUCUUCAUGGAUUUGGUUCUUUCCAUCUGUGAGAGAUCAAACAAGAUGAUCACUGACCAACACAGACUGUUCAGAGAAGCCAAUGAUCCUGUAAUAUAUGUUGAGAAGAAGAGAGAAGAGUACUAUAGUAUUUUCCAGAAAUACUGUCAUGGAGCAACAUCAGCUGCUGUUUUUGGUGAGAUCAUCUGUCAGAAACUGAAAGAGCCCAUUGAGCAGAGCGUCUACAAGAAGACUGCCAGAGAUCUGAGAGAUAAAAUGAGAUCAAACUGUGAAUCACUGAAUGGAAACAGAUCAAAUCUGGAGAAACACAUCCUGAAGACACUGGCAGAAGAGGAGGAUUUUAUCAAAUACAUGAACUACAUUCAUAAUCCCAGAGAUCACUUCAAGAGUUUCAUCAGAGCUGAAGUCAGGCGGUACAUCUCUGAUAAGUUCAGUGUCAGUGUUUUACCCAAGAUGAAGGAGAACAUUGAACUCCUGCAGCAGAAGAUCAUGAAAGCAGCACAUAAAUCUACUGAACAUGUUCAAGUGAACAGAGGAGAUGUUGGUUUGUGGUUGAAGAGUUUCACACAGCAGAUCUCAGAUGAGCUGAUCUUCUCUGAAAAAGACCUCAGUGGAGUCAAACAUGAUGAUGUUGAUGAUUUCAACCUCCUAGAAGAUGUGAUGAGACGAGAACUUCCUGCUAUUAUGUCUGAUAUAAGCAGGAGAUUCAACACAAAGACAUUUCCAGUAAAUCUGGACUAUAAGUUCAGGCCAGAUGAGCUUCUGAUUGAUCUCUUCUGUCAGUGCUGUUGGGUUCAGUGUCCGUUCUGUGGAGCCAUCUGCACCAACACCAUAGAAAACCAUCAUGGAGAUCAUAGUGCUCCUUUCCAUCGUAAUAAUGGACUGAAUGGGUGGUUUUACCGAGGAACAACAAACUUACAAAUUAACAUCUGCACAUCAGCUGUAGCAAGUAAUCGAUCCUUUUAUCAUAGUGACUCAGAUAUUAUGGUCCUCUGGAGAGAAUACAGAAGAGCAGGAGGAGUUUAUGCUGACUGGAGCAUCACUCCUGAUCUCUCUGAACUGCCCUACUGGAAGUGGUUUGUGUGCAGAUUCCUGAAAGAUCUGGAAAAAUACUACAAUAAAACAUUUGAGGGGAGGGGUGAGAUCCCAGAUGAAUGGAGAAGAUACACAAAACAGGACGCUAUUGAGAGUUUGGAUCGAUACAUGUAAUGGAGCAGAUGAAGAAUGAGACUCUUGCGUCUCCUCUCAGAUUCAGAUCACAGUCAGAAAUGAGUUUCUCUGACAUUCAUCAGUGAAUCUGAGCUCAUCUGCACCUCAGAAGAUCAGAGCUUCAUCAAAUACUCCAGAAGAGAGUUAAAGACAAGAUUCAGUUCCUCAUACAAGUGUCUGUCUGAUGAUCAAAACAACAUAUUUCUGAACAUAUGCCUCAUUGAUAAAGCUUAAGAUGCUUGAUGUAUAUUAUAGUUUAUUACUAAUCUAAACAGCUUAAUCUCUAUCAUGAACUGAAAAAGAUCUAUGAUAAGGAUAUUAAUGACAGACUGUUGAUGAAAUAUGAUUGAAGUGUGUGUUUGUUAAAGCUCAGUGCUGGAAUCAGACGAUGGAGGAAAGUGUGAGAAAUAAACAGAUGUGUGAAUCAAAUCUCUCAGACCUGUCAAUCUGAUUCAUAUUGAUUCAUAUUCAUAUGAUUCACUCGACACAAAUACUGUCAACAUCAUGAAUUUAUUGACCUUGUCAAGUGUCCUUUCACACUUGUUUAAUAUUUACUCGUAUUAUGAGA